AUGGAUUAUGUUGAUGGAUCACCUAAACAUGAUGACGAUGACGCCGUUUCAUCGCCACCUAGUAGUGUUGGUGGUGAAGAUAUCGAAGAAGAUGUAAAUUAUAUGUAUGAAGAUGAAAAUGUUAUUGUGUCGUCCGAGGGUGAAGGAGAUGACUUGGAGGACGAGGAUCUAAUAGAGGAGGACGAAGCAGAUAUACACAGCGAAGAGGACAACUAUGAGAAAGAAGGUCUAGACGAACGAGACUACCAGGAGUUGCCUGCCGAAGAGAGAAGAAAAGUAGAAAAAGAAAUAAGAAAGCGUGAUCGUGUCGAAAGAAGUCAGAGAAACGAAUCUGCAAGACGUGCUUUCAGAUUGCCUGUUUCAUUGGUUGCAGAUGAUCAAGAUGAAUAUCUAGAGUUGGACAGUGAUCAAGAGAAAGAAUUAAAAGUUAAAAGACAAAGAUUGGCUGAUAACAAUAAGAGAGUAAAGAAAUCAAAAGAAAAGGUUAAAGUAAAGACUAUGAUUGAGGAUGAAUACGACGACGAUAUAGCAUUCAAUUUUAAUGAAAAGACAAAUAGAAUCGAUGAAGCAGUAAAGAAAGAGGAAGGUGAUGAUGAUGAUGAAGAAGAAAGUGACGAAGAAGAAGAAUAUGUCAAAGGACAAGUUAAAUUAGAGGAUCCACAAGGUCCACUGAAAGAAUAUAUUAUAUCAGAGGCACCGAGAAGAGAGAUCAUUCAUAAUCUAACGGAUUUCAUUGAGAACUACACCGACAAGAAGGACAACUUGGUAUACAGACAGAGAAUUCAACAGAUGUGUGCAUCCAACUUGGAGAGUCUACUAAUCAACUAUACACAUUUGAAGGAACCGUUUGACCAAUGGCUGAUAAAAGCACCCACUGAAAUGUUAGAGAUAUUCAAUGAAGUCGUAUUCAAAGUGGUUCUAAAGAUGUUUCCAAACUAUAGAAACAUUGCCAAGUCUAUUAACGUUAGAAUCACUCAUAUUCCAACAUUAUAUUCAUUAAGAGAAAUAAGACAAGCGAAAUUGGAUCAAUUGAUAAAGGUUGGAGGUGUAAUUACAAGAAGAUCAAAUGUAUAUCCACAAUUAAAGUUUGUAAAAUUCGACUGUGUAAAGUGUAAAGUAAUCAUUGGACCAUUCUAUCAGAAUGGCAAUCAGAAUAUUCAAAUCGGUAUAUGUCCACAGUGCCAAUCGAAAGGUCCAUUCUCGAUCAACUCUGAUCUGACAGUGUACCGUGAUUUCCAAAAGAUUACACUCCAAGAAAGUCCGGGAACAGUACCUGCCGGUCGUCUUCCAAGAACCAAAGAAAUCAUUCUUUUAACAGAUUUAAUUGAUUCUGUUAGACCUGGUGAAGAAAUUGAAGUAACAGGUAUAUUUAAACAUAAUUAUGAUUCAAAGUUGAAUCAUCAAAAUGGAUUUCCAGUGUUUGCAACUAUUUUGGAGGCAAACUAUAUCAAUAAGAAAGAAGAUCUUUUGGCAUCUUUUAUCUUGUCGGAGGACGAUGAGAGGGAGAUUAGAAAGCUGUCAAAGGAACCCAAUAUUGGUAAGAUGAUUAUACAGUCAAUUGCACCGUCAAUCUACGGACACGACGAUAUCAAGAUGGCCAUUGCCAUGGCGCUGUUUGGUGGUGUACCAAAAGACAUCGAUAGGAAGCAUAGAGUCAGAGGCGAUAUCAAUGUUUUGUUGGUUGGUGAUCCCGGUGUUGCAAAGAGUCAGUUUUUAAAGUACGUAGAGAAGACAGCGCAUCGUGCAGUCUAUACAACUGGUCAGGGUGCAUCUGCUGUCGGUCUUACCGCUGCUGUUCGUAUCGAUCCGCUAACGGGCGAGUGGACUCUGGAGGGUGGUGCUUUGGUGCUGGCUGAUCGCGGUGUUUGCAUGAUCGACGAGUUUGACAAGAUGAACGACAAGGAUCGUACAUCGAUUCACGAGGCAAUGGAACAACAGAGUAUUUCCAUCUCAAAGGCCGGUAUUGUCACUACCCUGACUGCUCGUUGCUCUGUGAUUGCCGCUGCCAAUCCAAAGAAGGGACGUUACGAUCCAAGCUAUUCUCUGCUGAAUAACGUCGAUCUGACAGAGCCAAUCUUGUCUCGUUUCGAUAUUGCAUGUGUUGUUCGUGAUACUAUCCAUCCGAUAAAGGAUUCACAGCUGGCGCGAUUCGUUAUCCAAUCACAUCAACGCUCACAUCCAAACAAUACCAACGAAGCCAACAACUAUUUGGUGAAUGCAACUCAGCAAUCGCCAAUCUCACAGGAAAUGCUAAGAAAAUAUAUUAUGUAUGCCAAGCGCAAGUGUACUCCGAGAAUCUCAGAGAUCGAUCGUGAGAAACUCUCACAGCUCUACGCCGAGAUGCGUCGCGAGUCUGGCAAUGGUGGAUAUCCAAUGACCGUUCGUCAUGUCGAAUCGAUGAUUCGUAUGUCAGAAGCACACGCCAAGAUGCAUCUGCGGGCCAGCGUAACCGAUGAAGAUGUCAAUAUGGCCAUUCGUAUCAUGCUCGACAGUUUUAUCAACGCACAGAAAACCAAUCUGGCAGGUCGUCUACGUAGAAACUUUUCGAAAUACAUUACCUAUCAACGUGAUGUCAGUGCACUUCUUUUCUAUAUACUUCAAUCAUUGACCGAAGACUAUUGUAGUGUAUACAUGUUGAGGCAUGGUGGUGAUCCUCCACAAACCAUUGAAGUACCACUCGAUGAAUUUGAAACAAGAGCAAGAGAUAUGGGAUUACAUGAACUAGAUAAGUUUUAUGGUGCCAAUGAUUUUACGGAGAAACGAUAUAAAAAGACAAAAGAUAGUAUCAUCUAUAUGAGAGUACCAAAUGUCAAUGGUGCAUCAAAACAAAAUUGGAAUAAUUGA